AGCUCAUACGAGAUCAACAUGGCGGCAAUCAGCGCAUUGCAAGCUUAUGGAAGUGAUGAAAGUGAUAAUGGUAGCGAAUCGGACGAAGUUUGUGAGGAUGCUACAGCUCAUCUGAAACCUCUAAACACAGGAAACAAUGUCUUAAAACUUCAGUCUCGAUUGCAACUCAAUGCAGCUCCUGCAGUCGAAAAUAAGGAAGAUGUUGGAACGAUACAACCUCUUGAUCCUUCAACAAAGCAGUUAAGUUUCAACCCACAGUAUGAUCAACUGUUUGCACCACAGGUUGGUCCAGCUAACCCCUUCAAGACACAACAACAAGCUGCUAAAAAAAAUAUGUUAGCUGGCUUCACUGAGGAUGCACACUUUAACCACUUCCAGUUUGAAAACCAGAGAAGGACAUUUACGAGUUAUGGUUUUGCUGUUGACCCAAGCAGUAUGGACACUGGGGAGACCAAAUAUGUUGGGACACCUGAUACAGAGAAUGCUGCUGAAGCCAAGACAGUAUUUGAAAAGAAACAAGCCCGGCCAGGAGACAAGAGGAAAAGAGUUCAAAAAAAUGAUGCAUCAGAGAUUGAUAACUUUGAAGGACCUUGGGGGAAAUAUGUUGAUGAAGAGACAGUAGCAAAACCAUCAGAGGAAGAACAAGUAGAAUUGGAUGAAAUUUUAUCAAAAAGGAACAAAAAGGGCAAGAAGGUUGAUGAAAAACCAGCAGAAGAGAAGACUACAUUACACAUUAAAGACAUGUACGAUUACCAAGGCCGUUCAUAUCUACAUAUCCCUCAAGACAUUGAUGUUGACCUGAGAACAACCGAUCCACCUGAUAAGUGCUACCUUCCUAAAAAACACAUUCACACAUGGGCGGGGCACACAAAGGGUGUGGCAGCCAUCAGGUUGUUCCCCCAGUCUGGCCACUUGUUAUUGUCAUGUGGGAUGGAUAGCAAAAUCAAGUUAUGGGACGUCUACCAUGAGAGAAAGUUAAUACGUACCUUCAAUGGACACAAACAAGCCGUCCGGGAUGCAUGCUUCAGUAAUGAUGGGUCAAAGUUUAUAAGUGCCUCGUAUGAUCGCUACCUGAAAGUUUGGGACACAGAAACAGGUCAAUGUUUGGGUCGAUACACAAAUCGCAAAGUGCCAUAUUGCGUCAAGUAUCAUCCAGAAGAAGAUAAACAACAUCUCUUCCUUGCUGGAAUGUCAGACAAAAAAAUAGUACAAUGGGAUAUGCGUGAAAAUGAAAUAGUGCAAGAGUAUGACCGACAUCUUGGUGCAGUCAACACCAUUACAUUUGUGGAUCAGAGUCGGCGAUUUGUGUCAACUUCAGAUGAUAAGAGUAUGAGGGUCUGGGAAUGGGAUAUCCCUGUGGAUUACAAAUACAUUGCAGACCCCAGUAUGCAUUCAAUGCCAAGUGUUACGUUGAGUCAAAAUGGAAAAUGGCUUGGUUGCCAGUCCAUGGACAACCAGAUCCUCAUCUAUGGUGCUCAUAAUCGCUUCCGGCUCAAUAAGAAGAAACUAUUCAAGGGACAUAUGGUAGCUGGAUAUGCUUGCCAGAUGGACUUUUCACCUGAUAUGAGUUAUGUCGUGUCGGGAGAUGCAGAUGGGAAACUGAAUAUCUGGGAUUGGAAAUCAACCAAACUGUACAGCCGCAUCAAGGCCCAUGACUCUGUAUGCAUAGGAUGUAUCUGGCAUCCGCAUGAAACCUCAAAAGUCAUCACUUGUGGAUGGGACGGACAAAUCAAAUUGUGGGACUGAUUUAUUGGGACUAGAAAUUCAUAUCGGUACUUGUACAAAAACUUUUUAUUGAAGAUACAUUUGUACAUAAAGAAGGAAAAUCUGUAAUGAUAAAUAUCUUUGUCAUCACAAGAACAUGUAAAAAUCAGAAUGUGAUUGGACCAAGGUUGUUGGUGUCUUCUCUCCUUGCUCCAACCCCUUUGUUGGACUCUAAGCCUCAGACGCUUACACUCGUCUAUUUUGCCCUUGUGUGGACAAAUGAAGGCUUCAAAGUUGCCUUAAUCUUCCCAAACAGUUGCUAAGAAUGACCUCCGGUCCUUGUUAGAAGUUGUAAAUAACUUCAAUGGCUUGUUGCAUACAUUUAAAAGUAAAUUGUGCUGUACAGAUUUUCUUAGGGCAAUUUAUUGCUUAGUAAGUUUAUUUGGCAUUAAAGUGCCCAUACAUGUACUUAAAGGGAUUGGGUCCUUUUUGCACGACACAAAACACAAAUUCUGCAGAUUUACAUUAAACUUACACCAUUACACGGUUCAAAGAUAAUCAUGGUAGAAAGCUUCCCUUAAAAUAAUACUUGCAGAGGUUCUGCAGUUUUUUAGAAAUGAGUAGAACAAUUUCCUUAAAGUUAUUUUAGCCCGUACAACGGAUUUAUGCGACUCUCCUGAACCCAUUGCUAUGUGAUUUUCACUUUUUGAUGAAGCUAAAACUUUUACAGGUAAAAAAAAUUACAUACAUUUUCAUUCAGUGAGUAAGGAUUUAUGUCGUGGCCAAAAACUUGGAUCUACAAAUGUUUAUGAUAGACUUUAUAAAAAACAACAACUUAAUUUCAAAUAAUAACAAUACUUUUACGAACUCCUACUUCAAGCCAUUUCCUGUUAUCGGUUUAAUGAUUAUUAGUGGUGUUGAAGCAAGAUAAAAUUAAAUUCAUGAAAAACUGAGUGGGGCAAACACAUCAUUUGUUUUCCACUUUUAGAACUGGCAUACAAUCAAAUUGUGAUUUAGGUUAUUGUGUUUUCAGAAAAACAUCAUCAAGACAAAGAUUUCCUAAAACUGCCUCCUUGUGUACAAAGAAGUCAAUAUGGUAAGAUUUUAAACCAAUGUGACUAAAUAGUCUGCACUCCAGAUAUGUACAGUGUUUAUUUUUUACUUUUCAUUGAUUAAAACAUGUCGAGUUUGCAUUCUGAUCA